UUUUAAUAUUGAUAAGAGAUUGUGUGGUUCCAAAUGAAGUGGAGUAGAAUAUCUGAUGGGAGGGUAUAAUAGUAAACUAAUACUAUCAAAAGAUGAAUCAAAUCCAAUAAGCAAGGUUGAUACUUCUGACCUGAACAGAAGUUCCAAAUCGACUGACCUCAACAGAGUUGACGGUAAAUCUUCAUCUUGAAUUUACAGAAUGACAGAAAAAGUAGCCGGUAAUCGAUCUAAUAUACAAAUGGAUAUACAAAAUCCUGAUGAUCCUGUUCACUUGGGUAGAGGAGAGAUUAUGGUCGUACUAUAUGACUUCUCAAAAUCAAUGAACUCUCAAAUCAGCAUUAAGCGAGGUGAAUUGGUACGCCUUCUAAGCUACAGUCCAGCUGGAGACUGGUCUGAGGUAGAAGCUACUCUUAUCCUACCACCUUUUCCCAAACCUGGACCAGGUAGUUCUACUUCCGGGUCAGAAGGUCAUCCUUCUCAGUGCAAAACUGGAGUUACUAUGAAGCAUAAUCAUGCAUCCACCAGAGAAACUGGAAGCAGUGUAAAUACUUCUUGUAUGCAUUUAUUCAACAAUUACAGACGUGGAUGGGUACCAACAAGUUACUUAGCUACUGCUAAUGUCGUCCAAAGUUCCGCCCCUUAUCAACAACAAUUAAAUACCUGCGAAAGCUCAGAAAAGCCAAACUGCUCACUUAAUGCUUCUUGUUUACCUAAUUCACAAGUGAUCAUGGCAAAUGACCAUAUGCAAUCACAGGUACAAAACGUGUCAAAUAAGGGCCCUGUUCAUCAUGUCAUGAUGGAUUCAUCGCCUCUGAGUCUUUUAGAGCCAAGUCUUCUUCCAUAUUCAUGGUAUCAUGGUGCUGUCUCAAGGCAAGCUGGAGAACAUCUCCUUCGGAGUGGUAUCACAGGUUCUUUUCUAGUUAGAGCAUCAGAGUCUGCACCCGGUCAACUUUCUGUAACUGUGCGUCACUUAGGAAGAGUCUAUCAUUAUCGCAUUAGUCAAGACAGCAGAGGACUGUUCUAUAUAACGGAAGCUCAUCGAUUCCCGACCGUUGUUCAACUAAUUGAGCACCAUUCUCGUUCUGCUGAUGGUUUGGUUUGCCCGCUACUGUAUUCAGUACCGAAACCGCAAUUUUUAAACCAACCUAUGCAACAAUCUUGCUAUUCAUCUGUUCCUCAAGCAGUACCCAAUUCAUUAAUACCUGGUCAAAAUCAAUUUGAAAUGAAUCCCGUUGUUCAUCUGUCAAAUGCUGAAAUAACCAACUUCCCUUUGCAUCAUAUGAAUCCUGUAGCACAUGUGCCUAAACAAUUUCAUCCAAGUCAAUUAAACAAUUCAGAAAGAUUAAGUGCUUGUAGUGAUUCCAUCGGAAGUAUGGAAUUCGAUGGAUGGGAAAUUGAUAGGUCCGAAAUUAUUAUGCGUCAAAAAUUGGGCUGUGGUCAAUAUGGUGAUGUAUAUGAAGCUGUAUGGAAACGUUUCAAUUCUGUUGUCGCAGUAAAAACACUGAAACAAGAUGUUAAUCUGAAUGUGAAUGAUUUUCUCAAAGAGGCUGCUAUUAUGAAGAAAUUACGUAAUAGAAACUUAGUACAAUUACUUGGUGUAUGUACUAGAGAGCCUCCACUUUAUUUAAUUACGGAAUAUAUGCCAAAUGGAAAUUUACUGAAUUAUUUACGUACACGUAGUCCAGGUGAAUUAACUCCGCUUACUCUACUCUAUAUGGCUGUGCAAAUCGCUUCCGGUAUGGCGUAUUUAGAGGCUAAUAAUUUUAUUCACAGAGAUUUAGCUGCUAGAAAUUGUUUAGUAGGUGAUCAACAUUUGAUUAAAGUUGCAGAUUUUGGUUUAGCACGUUAUAUGCAACGACAAGAUACUUAUACUGCACGUAAUGGUGCUAAAUUUCCUAUUAAAUGGACUGCACCUGAAGGACUUUCAUACUAUGUGUUCUCAUCAAAAUCCGAUGUAUGGGCUUUUGGUGUAGUUCUUUGGGAACUUGCCACCUAUGGUCUUUCACCUUAUCCUGGCGUUGAAUUGCAUGAUGUUUAUCAUCUUUUAGAAAAAGGCUAUAGAAUGGAACGCCCACAUGGUUGCCCAGAAGCUGUUUAUUCUAUUAUGUUAAGAUGCUGGUCUUGGGAUCCUAAUUUGCGACCUUCGUUUAGUGAAAUCCACGCGGAACUGGAACAGAUGUAUAAAACUAUGAACAUUGAAGCAGAAGUUGCUUUAGAAUUGGAAAAGCAACCUGUGAAUCUUAUUCAACAACAACAACUACAACAACAAAAACAGCAACUUCCACCGCCACAACAACAGCCACUUGUUAGUUCACACAGAUUCACUGAAACCCAACCACCAGAUUUACAUGGAAAUUCUAUAAAUCAGUUUAAUAUGAUCUUGAAAGAAUCAUAUCCAAAUAGCUUCAUACCAACAGAAGGCAUGAAUUCAGAUCAUAUCCACUCCAUUCACAAUAAUGCAAUUCAUUCCCGGUCGAAUAUAGAUUUCACUUGUAGUAAUAUUGAACAGAGUCGACCGAAUCCAGUAAUUUCUUAUGUUACAAUGAAUUCAGCUGUCAAUCAUUCUAUUCCUCAUCAUAUUGAAACUAAUAUUACUGUAUUGAAUAACAACAAUAAUCACUGUAUAAAACAAGAAAAAAAUCUAUUAUUCGGUCAGAAUCGUUUAUCUAAAGAUAAAUAUCCAGUUCUUUCUUCUCCUUCAUCUUCCGGUGGUGGAGUUGGUGUCAAUGAUAAUUUUGGUCGUAUUACUGAUAAGUUAGCUACCAUAUCACUUGACAAUGGUAAUGAUGAUGAUAAUAAUGAUGAUGAUGAUGUUGUUGAAAAUAAACCUUUGAAUAAUUCAACUAAUCAUGCUAUCUUACAUGAAAAUAAUGCGGAGAUAAAUCCAAAACAACAUAUUCUAUUACCCACUAGUAAUUUAGGUCAAAUUAAAUUUUUACCAAAUUCUGUUGUCGCAUCAUGCACUCCACAAAUUACCUCCAUACAUGAAUCUGGUCAAAAUGGAUUUGUUAAUUUUGUUCAAUGUGCAACACCGUUUUCAAAUGGUUUAACACAAACCCAAUAUUCACCGGCUUCAUCAUCUGAUAAUGGAUUUUUACCUUCCGGUGAAAAAUUAUGUUAUUUUAUUCCAAUGAGUAGUCAUUCAUCUUGUCAACCUAGUUCACAUACUGCUAUUACUACUACUACUACUACUGCUACUACUACUACUAACUUGUUGAAUAUUUCUCAAAAUUGUUGUGUUACUUCAAAUCUUUCACAGUUUUGCAAUAUCAAUUCAUCUCCUCCAAUUGUUUCUAAAAUCUCUAAUUUCAAUGUUACUAAUUCAACAAAAGGAAUGAAUGAUCGGUCAGCUAAUCGAACGAAUCAUCGUUCUGUUCAUCGUAAUGUUGUUACUUCUGGUUGUAAUACACAGACUAGUACACAACAAAAUGGUACAACACGUAGUCGAGACACAGAUACACCAGAUGAAAGUGGUGUAGGUGAAUCGAUUAUAUCCAAUGAAUCACCGGCAGAAAGUCGAGCAUGCAACGGUGGGAUAAUGAGUGCUGCUAAUAAUGCAGUGACUGCCACCAAUUCUCUAGCGCCCAUGACACCUAGUCAAAUUGAUUGGCGGUUAAAUGUACCAUUUGAAAUGUCCAUGCCAAUUGAUCAUCAGCAUUUUCAUCAUGCCCAAAUUAUAACUCCUAAUUCCAAUGUCCUUAUUCAUCAUCCACAUUCAUAUCCAUAUUUAUUUCAAACUACUGCUAGUACUACUACUGUUAUAAGUAGUACCGCCACUACUACGAUUACUACUAUCACUGCUACUACUCAUAUUCAUACUUCUACCUCAUCAUCAUCUACUCAGUUUAAUGUGAAUCAUCCGCUAAUGGAACAAUUCUCAACAAUACCACCGCAUGAUAGAAUUGGAAGUUAUCUGAAGAGUUUAGGUGAAUUAGAUAAUAGUUUCGGUCGUCAUCAUCAUCAACAUCCUAACGAAUCAUUGACACAAUCAAAUUUACCAACUGAUAUAAUGGAUGUCAAUGAUAAAAUAUUUAAUCGUCCAUCGAAUUAUUUGCAUUAUCCGCCGCCACCACCACCUCCACCCCUGGCUCCCCCACUUUCGGAUUCAUCAAUAAUGGAAUGUUGCAAUACGUCAUCGUCGUUACCUCUUGCAUCUACUACUAAUGAUGCUACAGCUCAAAUAAGUUUACAUGUAACUUCAACUGGGGAUGUUUCAAAACUGAAUAUUUCUCAAUCGAUUCCUCCUAUACAACAUAAAAUACAGUAUGUUCAUUCAAAUGGAAUAACAGUUAGUCACAAUGGAACCGAUAUAUCAUCUAACAAUCAAAAUAAAUUUUCUCAGAACAAUAUGACUGUUGAUGAUGCUUUUUUAAAUAAUAAUAACAAUAAUAAUAGUAAUAAUAAUAAUAUUACUUCAUAUUCAAGGGCUUCUCAUGUACGCCGACGUAAUAAAUUGGAUUUGGAACGUGUCAGUGGUGAUGCUAGACAGUGUGACUAUCCAGGAGGAGGAGGACGACGUCAUCUACCACUGGAUGAUCGAUCAGAAGAAGAAUCGAAUACAGAAGAAGUACCAAGGUCGUUAGAGGAUGAGACUUUAUCUAUUGAAUCGGACUCGCCAAAUAAUUCUCAAGAUAAUUCAAUAUCAAUUAAACCUGAUGCAGAUUUAUCAGGUGGUGGAGGUGAAGGAGACGAUGUCUAUCAAGCACCGGAUUCUUAUUAUUCACCAAAUGUUCAUAAUAAUAAUAAUAGUAGUAGUGAUAAUAAUUCAAAUUCAAAACAUAUACAACUCAAUCCUAUUUCACAUGACUCACUUACACAUCUAUUUGAGCGAACAGUUGCAUUAGUCAAUUGGACUAAAGAUUUAUGUAAUUAUUCUGAGCUGGAUUAUGAUGUACCAAAUGAAUCAUUCAUUGAAUUAUCAAAAUGUUUAGAUAAUUUUCGUAUUGAAUUAGAAGCUUUCAUAGUACAACACAUUAAUGUUAAUCCAAAUCUUUUUAAAACGAUCUUAAUUGUAUGUGAUAAUUUAGGUAAGCAUACUGCAAAUUUAUCGUUGCAUUUAAAGCCUACAGAGAUGAAUAAUAAAUCUACUCUUAGUGUACCAUGUAAUUUAUGCCAGUCAUGUUUAGAAGAAAUUCAUAAUUAUAUCUUACAGUUGUUGAAUCAAUUGCAAAUAACCAGUAUGAUUACUACAACUAAUACUGAGAAUAUUAUCACUACGUCCAGUUCUACAUCAACCGCUGUCACUCAUCAAACCCAGUUGGUUGAUGGCGAUGAUGAUGUUGAUAAUGAUCGAUCGAUCGAUAGUACUGCUGUUGUUGCUGCUGUUACUACUACUAGUACUACUACUACUACUGCAACUACUGCCACUCAUGUAUUUGGUAAAGUGUAA